AUGCAUGGAACAUUGGUUCAUCCAGAUAACAUCACCUUCUUCAACGGGGUCUUUGGAAGUGUGGAAAGUGUGGCUUUGUUUUUUGACUGCUUGGGUUCUCACUUCACCUGGCUUCAGUCCAUAUUCACCAACUUCCCUGCCUUGCUCAACUUUGUGAGCAAGAUGAAGUGUGUGACCGGCAUUUGCCCAAGAGAUUUUGAAGACUAUGGCUGUACCUGCCGAUUCGAGAUGGAGGGACUCCCUGCGGAUGAAGUUGAUGACUGCUGUUUCCAACACCGAAAGUGUUACGAAGAAGCCACAGAAGAAGAAUGUGUAUGGGAUCCUGCCAAGAUCACGAUGGAUGUCAGCUGUCUAACAAAAAACAUCACCUGUGAGUCUGACGAUUCCUGUGAACGCUUUCUCUGCAACUGCGACAAAGCAGCUAUUGAAUGCUUUUUGCAUUCCCCGAUUAACUCUUCGUUGAACAGUCUGGACGUUUCAUUCUGCCCUUCUCUGGUUACAGAAACAGCAAGUGAGAAAACUCAGACAACAGUUCAUACGGAAGAGCUUCAACACCCGAGGGCUGAAGAGACUCAGUUGAUAGAUACGUCUGUGGCAGAGGUCAUUCCACACCCAACCAAUGGGUCAGCUGUACGGAUUUCUGGAGCAGAACAUGUCCCUCCAGGGUCCAGUGACCUGUUCCUGAGCAACCUGGAAGAUCAAGCUACUCCAGAUGUGGAGAGUGGUGGAGGCCUUGAAUCCCUUGGAGAAGGAGGGCUGUCAGCGAAAGCUUUCAUCAUCACAGAGGGAACCACCUCUGAUUCAUCUGAUCUUAACUCAACCGAGCCUGACUUGGUGCCAACUUCCGAUUUUCCUGGGAGGUCAACAGACAAUGGGAACAAUUUCAAGAUUGGUGGAGAGGAAGGCACAGCAUUUUCCACAGUGCCUCCAGAAGAGACACCAGAUCCUGAAAAACUUCUUGGAGAAGUUUGCGACCGUUUGACCUUUCUCCAACUGAGAGACAAUGGAAGAGUCCAGAGGGAGCUGCCACAGUUAGGCGAGAUGCUCUAUUGUUUAACUGACCGGUGCCCAGAGGAGUUCGAAUUAUACGGCUGCUACUGUGGCCAGGAAGGAAGAGGCCAGCCGACUGAUGCUCUGGACAGGUGCUGUUUCUCUCAUCAUUGCUGCCUGGAGCAAGUUAAGAAACUGGGAUGCCACCCAGAAAGAAAUUCAAGAUCAGAGGUUGUGUGUUUUGAUCACACACCAACGUGUGUUGGGUGGAGCAUGUGUGAAAAGCUCCUGUGUUCCUGCGACAAGGCCGCGGCUGAGUGCAUGGCGACGGCCUCCUUCAAUGACACCCUGAGAUCUCCCAACAGGCACGCAUGCCAAGGGGACAGACAGUUUUGCCGGAGGGGAGGCCACAAAAUGCCCGCCAGCAGCGCUGGGAUUGGCGUCCCCAGCGUCUCCAGUGAGGAAGAGAGCAGCAGUGAGGAGGCAGAACCAGCAAGGGGCAUUUUGAGAAGGGGAAAGAGAGCAGCACACCAUGCACGGGGAAACGCCAGAGGUGCACCGUUGCAAACAAGAUAAUCAGCAUUUCUGUGUCAAGUUGGGAAGCUAGCAGGAGUAUUCAACAGGCAGCCUGCAUGCUAUCCUGGUUUAUAAUACAACAGGAUGUGACGUCGAAGAGCUGUGAUUAUAUUCUGAGGGUUUCCUGUAGGUUUUUUUUUCUAUAUAUACACCGUAUUUUCCGGCGUAUAAGUCGACUGGGCGUAUAA